UUGGAGUUCAGCGGCAGCAGUCGAAAUCAAUUAGUUUUUCAAAGACCAUCAAAUCAAACGGAUUACAAAGCGGAGAGCAAGUUCCAGCUCCAAACCUAAAAAAAAAAAACAAAAAUCAUAACAAGAAGAAGAAGAACAAGCAACAUGAAACUCUUGAUCUUUGCCAGUCUUUGCAUGGCCUUUGCUAUGGCCGAUGUGUCACACAUUGUGGGCCAUCACACCACCACACCCCAACCCCACGGUCCACCCAACCCUUAUGUCUUCAGCUAUCAGGCAGGUCGUGCACCCGGACAUGUCGACCGUCAACAUACCGAGGUCUCCGAUGGUUCCGGCGUCAUUCGUGGUGCCUUCUCCUAUGUCGAUCCCAAGAAUCAGGUUCGCACCGUACAAUAUGUGGCCGAUGAACAUGGUUUCCAUCCCCAGUUGAGCCACCAAUUGGAGGACAGCGAAGCUGUUAAGGCUGCCAAGCAAAAACAUUUCCAGCUCUACAAUCGCAUUGCCCAACAGCAUGCAAGCGGUGUGGAACAUCCAGCGGCCCCCCUAACCGGCCCCAACCAAAGCGAAGCCGUUGUCCGUGCCACCAACAAACAUUUGAGCGAAUAUGAACGCAUUGCUGCCGAACAUGCUGCCCUUGGCGCCCAACAGGAGGCCCAACGUCAGGCCUUGACUGCCCAACAUCUCUAUGAAGACGAGGAAGAUGGCCAAUACCAUCCUGAACGUUAUUAAAUAUUGCCAAUAUUUAUUAAAUUAUCCUGAAUUUUUGUUAUUUUUGUAAUUUAAUAAUAUUUUUUUAUACCGGAAAUCGAAAAAAAAAACUAGGAAAAUAAACCAAAAACAAGACCUGUCU